AUGAGUUUCUACCAGCCUUCUUUGUCAUUAUAUGACGUUUUAAACGCCUUAGCUAGCCAGAACGGCGCUAGAAACGAACAACAACAACAACAGGAACCUCCUCGUGGUCCUCCACCUCCACCUAAUCCAUUAGGUAGACAUGGUCACGGACAUGGUCAUCCACAUCCACAUCCGUUUGGUGCACAUGGUCAUGGUCCACACGGCCAUCCUUCUCGCGGAUACCCUCAUCACCGUCAUGGUCCUCCUUCAUUUGGAUUCCCAGGUACUGACCCAUUCCAACCUUCUUUUGGUCUUCCAAACUAUGGUUUCUCUAGAAUGCCUCAACAAGGUUAUUACUAUAGUCCUCAAUAUGACUAUCCAGAUGAAGACAUGAAUGAUGAAGAUGAAGAAAAUGAAGCUGAAGAACAGGAUAACGUGAAGCAAGAAGAAGAUCAACAGCAAUAUCCUUCUUACUACCAUGAUGAAUCUGGGAAAUAUAAUAGAGGUUUCGAACAAGAACAGCCAUCAUUGACUGACAUCUUAAAUGCAUUGAUGGGUGGUGCCAGUCAAGCUGAAACUGAGAAAGGAUACAAUGAUGCAGAUGAAGGUGAAAAUGGAAAGAAAUAUGAAGAAGAAGACGAUGAAGCUAUUGCGGCUACUGCUGAUACCGAUUCAAAGGCAGAGGAAACAAUAUCUCAACCUGAGCCAGAAAGGAAAUCUCCUCCACCUGCUACUAAGACUAGCACCUUAGAGAAACCAACUAGAUCGUUUGCUCAUUUGUCUGCACCAACACCAAUACCUGAUCCGCUACAAAUCUCCAAGCCAGAGACAAGACUAGACUUACCUUUCUCUCCUGAAGUUAAUGUUUACAACUUGGAUAACGCCUACGUCGUGGUCCUAGCUCUACCAGGUGCUAACUCCAAAUCUUUCAAGAUUGAUUACCAUCCAUCAUCUCAUGAAUUGCUGGUCAAGGGUAAAGUAAUCGAUAGAUUGGGAAUAGAUGAACAAUACUUGAAGAUUACUGAAAUCAAAUAUGGUGCAUUUGAAAGAACUGUGAAGUUCCCAGUGUUACCACGUAUCCAAGAUGAAGAAAUUAAGGCCACUUAUUCUAACGGCCUGUUACAAAUUAAAGUUCCAAAAUUAGCCAGCACCGAGAAGCCACAGCCAAAGAAGAGAAUCACUAUUGAGGAUAUUCCAGAUGCAGAACUUGAAUUUGAACAAAACCCAAACCCUAUCACUGAUAUCUAA